CAAGCCUUCAUGCCAGUUUGUGGUCCAAUGACUUUGAGGUGGUUCAGGGAAGUUUCACGCUGCUUUAGUUCUAAAUCAAACAAGCAUAGACAGUUUAUUGACUGGAAGAAAGUAAUUUUGAAAGCUGGAGAUGGUGGAAAUGGGUGUGUUCACUACAGGAGGCUAAAAUACCAACCCAGAGCUGGCCCUGAUGGUGGUGAUGGGGGUUGUGGAGGAAGCAUUGUUUUGAUUGCAGAUAAUUCUGUAAAGGAGUUUGCCCAUCUUCCUAAACAUAUCAAGGCUGAGAAUGGUGGAGAUGGUAGGGGAGAUGACUGCAAGGGAAAGAAUGGCUCUGAUCGCACAUUUCAGGUACCCCUUGGAACAGUUGUGAAGGAAGGAGGACAUGUGAUUGCUGACAUUACAGCAGAAGGUCAAACCUUCAUAGCUGCUAAGGGAGGUCUGGGUGGAAUUGGAAAUGCAUAUUUCAAGACAGCAGUGGAUCAAACACCAGACAUUUCAACUGAUGGGGCCUCUGGAGAGGAGAAAGUUGUAGAGUUGGAACUCAAGACUAUUGCUGAUAUUGGAUUGGUUGGUUUCCCCAAUGCUGGUAAGUCUACACUUCUGAGAGCAAUUUCCAGAGCAGUGCCAGCGGUAGCUGCUUAUCCUUUCACCACAAUCAAUCCCCAUGUUGGCAUUGUGGAGUUUGAAGAUUAUUUACAAAUUGCAGUGGCAGACAUUCCUGGAUUAAUAACUGGAGCUCAUCUAAACAAGGGACUAGGGCAUGCUUUUCUGCGGCACAUUGAACGAUGCCGCUGUCUGUUCUAUGUUUUGGACAUUUCUCACAUGGAUUCAUUAACCACCUUUGCGUCCUUGCGACAAGAAUUGGAGCUAUACAAGGAACAGCUGUCGCAGCGACCUGCAGCAAUUGUGGCCAACAAGAUAGACAUUGCUGAAUCAGAGGUUGAAAUUCAACGCUUAAAGAACACAUUCUCUCUGCCCGUCAUACCCGUGUCAGCAAAGUAUGGAAGCGGUAUACCAGAACUAAAGAAGAAACUACGAAAGAUGUUUACUGACGCUGUUGUCAUUUCCUGACAUUCUACUGUGAUGAGUUCCAGCACCUCAAUUCAUACACGUGACUGACCAACCUGUUGUUGAUAAGUAGCCUGCAUCAGUACAGUCAGGCAUCUAUGGCCAAUUACCCCUGUUACCUUGCCUGCUGCCUCGGGCAGCAUUUUCAAGUCCGAGGUCACAGUUUUUCACUAUAUCAUUUUGGGCCGACCCUUAGCUGGUAAAUAACUUCCUCCCUCUCAAAUCACUUAAAUAAUUGUUGGCCUUUUCCAGUCACACAAAUCACACACGGGUUUCCCUGGCCAUGGUCAGAGAAGGAAAUUUCUGGAUCAUGCUAAGUACCAAUCAGAUUGCAGGAUUCGUUACCGUGCCCUCUUAGAAAAAAUAAAGAUACGUAUAGUUAAUAAAAAGUGAAAAAUUUAUUGACCCAUGUUGUCAGUUGUAUCAGAAAUAUAUAACUUAUACAUAUUAUACAUGUACAUCAAGUAAAACAUUUAAACAUGCAUAAAAGUAAUUAUACCAAAUGAAUAUCAUUGACAUAUAUAUUACAUCUUUCAGUAUUAAAAAUAGCAUCACUUUACAAUAAAUACUUUGGGACCAUCGACCCUUAGUAGCAUGUACAUGCAUCAUGUAAAAAAA